AUGGGCUCACCAGUAGAAUACACUCCUCAAGAACAAUACCCACCAAUGGAACAAAUUUAUAACGAAGUUCAUUAUCCAUCACACCCAUCAUCAGUUGUAAUGGAUGAUUAUGAUUUUAAAGAAUAUGUUGAAGAACAACCAAAAUUAGUCGAGGGGCAUAUUCCUACCCAAAAUCAAGGUAAUGUUUACUGUGAAAAUUGUAAACAAAGAUUAGUAGACUGUGAUCCCGAUGGUUAUGCCAGCGAUUUCUGCAGUGAUGAAUGUCGCCGAGAGGCAUUAGCAGUCGGCCUAUCCAAUCCUCCAUGUAUCCAGUGUAAAGAAUUUCCCCGAGUAAAAAGUUCCGAAUUUUGUGACAUUGGAAAACAAUUUAAAGAUGCUUGGAAACAUCCACAUAAACCUGUUCCUGAAAUUAGUAAAGUAUGGAAGAUAUAUUGCACAGAAGCUUUAGCUUCCAGAUAUAGACUUUACCGAGAAGAAGUUGAAAAGAAUCAACAAUUGGCCGGUAAACCUUUUCCGAGAGGUGAUGCAAAACGGUUAAUGAGUGCAGGAAAUGAACAAAGAAGAUUUCAUGGAACAAAAAUGUAA